UAAAGGAAGCGUGUGCGCCAGGAGAGGACGUAUGUGUUUUUCGUGUUGGAACGCGGCCGCUCCUCCAAGGUAACCCAUAACUUUGCACUGUAGUUGGCGACAUUUACUUGCACCAUCGGCUUCGUAGAACACCAGUUUUUUUACGUGGUCCACACGUGUAGAUGCGCCUCAUGCGUAUGUGCCGCUCUGAAGAAUCAGAUGAAGGGGACUGAACCGGAAAUAGCAAGAUCCUUCAAGCUUAGAUCGCAACAAAGUUGCUCGACUGUUAGCUUUAGCACCACUGUCCGACAUUUGCCGAACCCGGCCGAGCCGUUUGCCUCUGAACCUGCACGUCGGUGCCGCUGACGGAACUAUUCGUCGGAAAGGAACAUUUCUCGAAGUUCACACUCGGAACGCGGCGGCGGGAGCUCGCUUGCUGUCACCCGCGAGCUAAUGGAAGGGAGGAGACGAGGAAGGAAACAAGGAGAGAAGCUUUUUUACAGUCGUCAUGACAUCGUGGCCAUCUCUCUGCUGAUAGCAUAGCCCUCCCCAUAGCCCUCUGUGGUUAUUAUUUUGUCAUCGGUGGAAGCUGGCUGUCUGUCAACAUGCAUCUGACCUAUCAGAAGCUGUCCACUCAACUGAGGCAGCGCCCACGACUUCGGCGUCUGGCGGCAGCUCUGCUAACAGCAUAUGCCGUCAAAAAACUAUUGCCGUACGUCUGGCGGCGGGCACAGGUAGGACACAAGCUCCCAUGUGCAAUCACGCUCAAACACGUAUACAUUAAUUCAUUUGACUAUGAUCUCCAGGGUGGGGCUAAGCUAUCUGUGGGCGUGAGCAGUGAGUCCACUGCCACAAAUGUGGACAAACUAAAAGGAAGCGAAAACAGGUCUCCAUCAGUGAACAAAGAGUUCAUUGUGCGACUCGCUGGACUGUUGAAGUUGUUGUUUCCACGUUUACUGUGUCCUGAGGUGGCUGUGCUCGUCCUGCACUCACUCACGCUCAUGUCCCGAACCUUCUUGUCCAUCUAUGUCGCCACGUUGGAUGGCAUGAUUGUCAAGUGUAUUGUGAAAAAGGACCCUCGCGCCUUCUUAAUGCAACUCCUCAAGUGGCUCCUGGUGGCUGUACCUGCCACUUUCAUUAACAGUGCCAUCAGGUUCCUGGAAGGGCAACUGACCCUUCACUUCCGGAGCCGGCUGGUUGCCCACUCUUACCAGCUCUAUUUCAGUGACCAGACGUAUUACCGAGUCAGCAACAUGGACGGCCGCCUGUCAAACCCGGACCAGUCUCUGACGGAGGACAUUGUCAUGUUCUCCGCCUCGGUGGCUCACCUCUACUCCAACCUGACCAAGCCCAUCCUGGAUGUGGCCGUCACUUGCUACACACUGUUUCGCACUGCCCAUUCCAAAGGGGCCAACACCACUUGGCCCUCGGUCAUUGCCGGCCUGGUGGUGGCACUCACGGCCAAAGUGCUCCGCUCCUGUUCCCCGCGCUUUGGAAAGCUAGUGGCUGAGGAAGCACGGCGCAAAGGCGACCUGAGGCACAUGCACUCGCGCAUCAUCGCCAAUUCCGAAGAGAUCGCCUUCUACGGUGGACACCAGGUGGAGAUGGCGCAGCUGCAAAGGAGCUACAAGUCAUUGUCCAAUCAGAUCAACCAGAUCCUGGUCAAGCGUUUGUGGUACGUCAUGUUGGAGCAGUUUCUCAUGAAGUACGUGUGGAGUGCCUCGGGCCUCGUCAUGGUUGCAGUACCCAUCAUCACUGCCACUGGGUACUCUGAACAUGACUCUGAUGAGGUAAAGCAAGCGGCCAUGGUGAUGAAGGAGGAGGAGCUUGUGAGUGAGAGAACGCAAGCCUUCACCACAGCCAGAAACCUCCUCAACGCCGGGGCUGACGCCGUUGAAAGGAUCAUGUGCUCCUACAAGGAGGUCACAGAGCUAGCUGGCUACACUGCUCGGGUCUCGGAGAUGUUUGAUGUCUUUGAGGACGUCAGGAAGGGGAUCUACCGGCGCUCCUCAGACAGAGAGCAGGGCCUGCCAACAGGGGAAGCAGUGGUGCAGCACGGCCAAAGAGUCUAUGGCCAUCUUGAGAUGCGAGGUCAGGUUGUCGGUGUGGAGAAGGGUAUUCGUUGUGAGAGCCUGCCGAUCAUCACGCCGACAGGCGAUGUAGUCGUGUCCAGCCUUGACAUCCAGGUGGACGACGGCAUGGACGUGUUAAUCACGGGACCUAACGGAUGUGGCAAAAGUUCUUUGUUUAGGAUCCUCAGCGGACUUUGGCCCGUUUACGGAGGUGUUCUUUCGCGACCAGAGCCACAGCAUAUGUUCUACAUCCCGCAGAGACCCUACAUGUCCGAGGGGACACUUAGGGAUCAGGUGAUCUAUCCAGACACUGUAGAGCAGAUGAUCGACAAAGGAAUGACAGACUCUUACUUGGAGGGGAUCCUUUGCACCGUGCAUCUUCUUUACAUCUUGGAGAGGGAGGGAGGUUGGGAGUCUGUCAACGACUGGAAGGACGUCCUGUCAGGAGGAGAGAAGCAGCGUAUGGGAAUGGCUCGUAUGUUCUACCACAAGCCCAGCUAUGCUCUGCUGGACGAGUGCACCAGCGCCGUGAGUAUUGACGUGGAGGGAAGCAUCUUUCUGGCUGCAAAGGAGGCUGGCAUAUCCCUGCUCUCAAUCACGCAUAGACCCUCCCUCAUGAAGUACCACUCUCACAUCCUGCAGUUUGACGGCGAAGGCGGUUGGCGAUUCGAGCGACUGGACGAGAACACUCGUCUAUCUCUGCAGGAAGAGAAGCAGCGUCUGGAGCGUCAGCUGUCUGGAAUCCCCAAGAUGCAGCAACGUUUCUCUGAGCUCUGUGCCCUGCUGGGGGAGGGGCACGGGGAGGCGCCCCCCGACCGUCACACGAGGGAUGAGGGUUGAUGGGGUCUUGACAAGAUUCGUCGAGACGGGACGGAAGAUUGUUUUUAAACGUGGUAAUUUCGAUAUUUGUUUUUCAAAAGAAUCAAAUCAGCUGGUCAAUAGAUGACUUUUAUUUUUCACUAACUAAUGAUAGAAGACAGAUUGUAUUUUUAAGAUGCUUUUCAAAAUAAAAGUUUGAGAAGUAAAAUGGACUCAACUGUGACAACCCACACUGCCUCCUGU